CGUUACCAUUGUUGUGCGGUCAUCUUCUCGAUAUUGCGUGGACUAGUUUGAUGUCAAACAUCGCUGCGUUUGAGGAGCGGAUGGUUUGAGCCUCUGCUGCUGCACUAUCGCACGCUCCAUCGCAACAGCCAUGCAAUGGAUGACAAAACCCAGGUAAUGUUCACGAACCUUCGCAACGAAUGCAGGAUAAACGAGCACGAGACAAUCGAAGAGGCGGUAUUCACUUGCUUGUGGGCACUCCGCGGGACGCUGGUCUUGCGCCUGCAGAACAAUUUGACGACGAUGUCAGCUCGCAAGAGGAAGAGCGAGCCGUUCAAAGACAGAAAGGAGGUCAACGAAGCGUUCGCACAGCUAGAGUCCGAUGCGCAGGACAAUCUGCAGAAGUUGCAUGCGUUGAUGUUGGCAAGGAAGGGGCGAGGACGGGAUCUAACUUCUGAGCAGCAGGAUGUCCCUGGAAUUCUUGCCAUGCAUGUCACGAACUGGGACUGGCAUACUCGCAUAUCAAAAAAUGGCAAGCGGGACAGAGAGCCACUGAUCAAGGCAGUAUUGCUUGAUCUUGUCAAAAUUCGCAAAAGACGCGAGGGUCUAUUCAAAGAUCCAAUGGUUGCAGGUCUUCGCACGAUCCUGGAGGAGGUCAUCGCUAAGCACACGAGAGCAGUUAAUACGUCUGGGGAGAACGGACAGACCGUCAAGCGUAAGAGGUGGUUAUGGUACGACGGAGCCAAGAUUCCGCCAGACGUUACUCCUGCAUUGGAGACUGUGCUCACUGAGGACUGUCACACGAUAAAUGCACACAUGCAGAGUCGCCAGGACAUGGAGGGGAAUGAUCGCGCUGCUAUCAUGAAGCUAGUCGGGUAUGUCGAACGCAUGCUAGUUGCAAAGGCGACGUCGUCGACCCACAGUCCGGUGGCAGCGAACGUCGUUCGAGAGCUCAAGAAGCUCAUACAUGCACUGGAGAUCAAUUCUACACGUCUCCGCACGCGAGCACUAAAGAAUGACGAUAGGCUCGCUUAUGACAUCAUGGAUACAGUCAAUCUCAAGAUAACUCUUAUGCAAGGUUUGGAGGACGAGAACACCAAUGGGGAUCAUGCUAGUGAACAGGAAGACGAAUCACCUGUGGCUGGACCGAGGCGCGAUGGACAACCCCAGAAGUCGACAGCAGCCGUGAUCGAAGAUGAUGCCGGACACCCCGGGAGCCAAGCCACAUCUUCGGGAUCUGGGCGGCCGAAACCUCGUCCCAUAGCGCAUCGCAAGAAUAAUGAUAACACGACCACGCGUACUGACUCACACGAUAUGAUCGCUGAUGCCUUCUCAUCCCCGCGCUCACAAAGCAAGGGAAAAGAAAGAGCGAUAACACUCCGUAAGCAUCCGCCACAGACACCGUCAAGUCUGUAGCUCGCGCAUCUCCAGCUAAUGAUGAUCGCUUUCAAGCGUUGGGGGAGGGCAAUAUAUCUGCUGAUCACACUGAAGUAGGGGCGCCUGCGAGGCGCGAGUCCCAAAUCGGCGAACAUGC